AUGGGUGAUACGAAUGGACAAGUAGUAGCUGGUGGCAAUGGCCAAGGAAAUCGAUUGGAUCAAUUGAAUCAACCAACUCAUGUGUUGAUUAGCAAAGAGACGGAUAGUCUCAUUAUUUGUGAUCGAUGGAAUCGACGAGUCAUACGAUGGUCUCGUCGUAGUGGCACAACUCAAGGAGAAAUUCUCAUCGACAACAUCCGAUGUUGGAGAUUGGCCAUGGAUGAUCAGAGAUAUCUCUAUAUCUCUGACAUCGACAAACAUGAAGUAAGACGAUAUCAAAUAGGAGCCAAGAAUGGAACUAUUGUGGCUGGUGGCAAUGGCGAAGGUGAUGGUCUUAAUCAACUCAGCUGGCCGGCUAACAUCUUUGUCGAUUAA